AUGAGUGAAAAUCGCCACGGGUCUAGACCAAUUGAUUCCCUCAGAGGAAAAAGCUUUGUGAGAUCCUCAGCUACCCCACAAGCAACUCGAAACAUAGAAAUUACGACAAAGGCAAAUCCUGCUGCUAAAUUUAUUAUUGAAAAGCCGACAAAAAUAAAUCUCUCCUUUGCAAAGCAACCAGGCGCAACAACUCCAAAAAUUGAGCGUCCGGCUGCCCCUCUAAAAGUUACACCAGCACCAAAACCUGCUAACUACAAUCCAGCGCCGCAAUCAACUCCAAUGGCAGCCCCAAUUCCAGCUCAAACACCAACUCAAACUACUAUUCAAAUACCUCAGCGUCCAUCAACUCCAAAUCAAGUUUCUCCAAUGAUGCAUCAAAUAUCAAACCCUGCUCCAAUUGUUCCAAGCCAGCCACCUCCAGUUAUCAUCACAAAAGAGUUUAUUUCACCACAACCGCCUGCAGCAGCUGAUUACUUUUCAAAGUUUUCACUUUUAUCAUUCGUUACUUCUUUCAAAGACGAAAAGAGCUUCAACGAAACAGAUUUAUACUCUCUCGGUCUCAACUUGAACAAAGAAGAGCCUCUUUUACCAAUGCUUCACUCUGUUCUCUCUGAUGCUCCAUUAUUAAACAACUCUUGCUAUCCAAUGCCAAAGAGCUAUGCCGCGCUCGAGAGAUCAGAGAAUCCGAUAGAGAAGAUCAAUCUUUUUUCGGAUUCCAUUCUUUUAUUCAUCUUCUACACCCAAAGUCAAACAGAUAUGCAAACUGCAGCCUCAAACGAACUUAUUCGUCGCGGUUUCCAGUACGAUGAAGAAAAGUGUACAUGGUCCAACAGCGAAGGCGCUGAAUGGGAUAUUAAUCAGUGGAAAUUCGCUGAACAAGAAACUGAUGAGUAA